AUGCACAUGAAAACCGUGCUCAUCCUCCUCGUUCUGGCUUUGGCCACGAUAUUUGCUUUAGUCUGUGUGUUGCUGACCAGAGGAAGGGCCCCCGGCCCCUGCCAGCACCGGCCCCUGGAGCAGGAGGACAGCGAUGACGGCCAGAGCCUGGUCUUUGCCGAUCUGACGCCCGAAGAGAUGGUGCAAGUGGUGCGGUACCUGCAGGGAAACCUUGGGGUGCGGCUGGUUGACGCCUCGCGUGCAAAGCCCUCGGAGAACUGCAUCGCCUCCGUCGACGUGCAGGUCCCCGCCAAGGCAGAGGUGCUGCGGUUCCUGGAUGGGGGGGGGGCUCGCCGCCCCCCCCGGGAGGCGCUGGCUGUGCUGUACUUUGGGAACCAGCCGGACCCCAACGUCACCGAGUACGUGGUGGGUCCGCUGCCGACGCCGGCGUAUCACCGGGACGUGACGGUGCAGAAGUACGGGGGGAAGGUGCCCUACCACCGCAGACCGACGCUGGCUGUUGAAUACAAACAACUUGCAGGGUUUUUAAAAACCCAAGUGCUCCCCACAGCUCCAUCUUUCAUGCGUCAAGUAAUGGAAUACGAUGGAGCCAGUCUAGCACCCCUGAUAACUGCUCCCCAUGGAUUCCAGUCUGGAGAUCGGAUCACCUGGUUCGUUUUGUUUCAGAAUGUGAGUGGUUUCUUCGUGCACCCGGUGGGGCUGGAGGUGCUGGUGGACCACAGCAGCCUGGACAUCUCCCGGUGGGCGGUGAGCAGGGUCUUCUACAACGGGCAGUACUACAGGGACAUGGUUCAGCUGGAGAGUGCCUACGUGCAGGGUCGCAUCAGCGUGGAGAAGGCCUGGAGCUUUGCCUUUGGGAUGAGCGUGAACACGGGCCUGCGCCUGUUCGACGUCCGACACAAGGGGGAGAGGGUUGCCUACGAAAUCAGCGUCCAAGAGGCAUUGUCAGUGUAUGGCUCCAACUGCCCCGGCGGGAUGUCAACGAGGUACAUGGAUGGGAGCUUUGGCAUUGGGCGCUACACCUCCCCCUUGGUGCGAGGGGUCGACUGCCCCUAUUUAGCGACGUACCUGGAUGUGCACUACCUUGCUCAUUCCCAGGUCUCUAGAAUUAGUAAGAAUGCCCUCUGCAUUUUUGAGCAGAACCUGGGCUCCCCUCUGAGGCGCCACUACUCCAACGUGCAGUCGCUCUACUACGGGGGGCUGGUCAACUCCGCCCUGGUCGUUCGGUCCAUUGCGACCGUGGGCAACUAUGACUACGUCUGGGACUUCAUCUUCUACCAGAACGGGGCCAUCGAAGGCAAGGUCCAGGCCACGGGGUACAUGAGCUCAUCCUUCCUGCACGGGGAUGGCCUGAGAUACGGCAAUAGGGUUUGGGAGCACACGCUGGGUACGAUACACACCCAUGCCAUCAACUAUAAAGUGGACUUGGACGUGGGAGGCUUCUUGGAUCCCGAUCUGAGGCUGGUGUGGGACCCGCAGGGAAAAAGGGCAAUUAUUCCCUGGCUGGAAUUGCUGCCAGGGGUUUGGCGAGUGCUGCCUGUUCUCGCCAGGGAGCUUCCUCUCAUCUCCGCCUGGCCGCCGCAGCUGGAGCCAGGCUGGAGCUGCCAGGUCCCUUCCCUCAGGGCCGGGAGGGACUUGGCGACAGGGAAUGGCGACAGGGAGGACAGGCACAUGGAGGUGCUGGGGAGCCGGUGA